CCCUGUGUGGCCCCCACGAGCGCCGAACCCCCUGGGGCCGGAUGCCAUGGGUAACAACUUCUCCAGUAUCCCUUCUCUGCCCCGAGGAAACCCGAGCCGGCCGCCGCGGGGCCACCCCCAAAACCUCAAAGACUCCAUCGGGGGUUCCUUCCCUGCCACCUCUCACCGAUGCCACCACAAGCAGAAGCACUGCCCGCCGGUGCUGCCCGGCGGGGUGCUCCUCGCCACGCCGCUGCUUUUCCACCCACACACCAAGGGCUCCCAGAUCCUCAUGGACCUCAGCCACAAGGCGGUCAAGAGGCAGGCCAGCUUCUGCAAUGCCAUCACCUUCAGUAACCGCCCGGUCCUCAUCUACGAGCAAGUCCGGCUGAAGAUCACCAAGAAGCAGUGCUGCUGGAGUGGGGCGUUGCGCCUGGGCUUCACGAGCAAGGACCCCUCCCGCAUCCACCCUGACUCGCUGCCCAAGUACGCCUGCCCCGACCUGGUCUCCCAGAGCGGCUUCUGGGCCAAGGCGCUGCCCGAGGAAUUUGCCAAUGAGGGCAACAUCAUCGCCUUCUGGGUGGACAAGAAGGGCCGUGUGUUUUACCGCAUCAACGACUCGGCUGCCAUGCUCUUCCUCAACGGGGUCCGCACGGCAGACCCACUCUGGGCCCUGGUGGACGUCUAUGGCCUCACACGGGGGGUCCAGCUGCUUGACAGCGAGCUGGUGCUGCCCGACUGCCUGCGGCCCCGCUCCUUCACCGCCCUGCCCUUCAGCACGGAGGCCCUGGUGGACCGCAAGGAGUUCUGGGCCGUGUGCCGCGUGCCCGGGCCCCUGCAGAGCGGCGACAUCCUGGGCCUGGUGGUCAACGCCGAGGGCGAGCUGCACCUGAGCCACAAUGGCGCCGCCGCGGGCAUGCAGCUGUGCGUGGACGCCUCGCAGCCCCUGUGGAUGCUCUUCGGCCUGCAUGGAGCCAUAACGCAGAUCCGCCUCCUCGGCUCCACCAUCCUGGCAGAGCGGGGCAUCCCCUCACUUCCCUGCUCCCCCGCCUCCACACCAACCUCGCCCAGUGCCCUGGGCAGCCGCCUCUCUGACCCCUUGCUCAGCACCUGCAGCUCGGGACCUCUGGGGAGCUCUGCUGGCGGGACAGCCCCCAACUCGCCGGUGAGCUUGCCGGAGUCGCCAGUGACACCAGGCACGGGCCAGUGGAGUGAUGAGUGCACCAUUUGCUAUGAGCACGCAGUGGACACGGUCAUCUACACAUGUGGCCACAUGUGCCUCUGCUAUGCCUGUGGCCUGCGCCUCAAGAAGGCUCUGCACGCCUGCUGCCCCAUCUGCCGCCGCCCCAUCAAGGACAUCAUCAAGACGUACCGGAGCUCCUAGCCGGCGCGCCCACCCCUUGUGCCGCCUUCUCAGACUGCAGCCCAGCGCCAGCAGAGGGGCAAGCCACGGGGCCCUUCUCUUCCUCAUUUUGGAAACUCUCUUCCCUUCUCCAUUAAACUUGGGAAACUGA